AUGGCGGCGGCGGACGGCGACGACUCGCUCUACCCCAUCGCGGUGCUCAUAGACGAGCUCCGCAACGAAGAUGUUCAGCUUCGCCUCAACAGCAUCAAGAAGCUGUCUACCAUUGCCUUGGCCCUCGGGGUCGAAAGGACCCGCAGUGAGCUUCUGCCCUUUCUUACAGACACCAUCUACGAUGAGGACGAGGUCCUCUUGGCCCUGGCGGAGCAGCUGGGCACCUUCACCACUCUGGUCGGAGGCCCCGAGUACGUGCACUGCCUGCUGCCGCCCCUGGAGUCGCUGGCCACGGUGGAGGAGACGGUGGUGCGGGACAAGGCGGUGGAAUCCCUGCGGGCCAUCUCCCACGAGCACUCCCCCUCCGACCUCGAGGCCCACUUCGUGCCCCUGGUGAAGCGGCUGGCGGGCGGCGACUGGUUCACCUCCCGCACCUCAGCCUGUGGCCUCUUCUCUGUCUGCUACCCCCGCGUGUCCAGUGCCGUCAAGGCGGAGCUUCGACAGUACUUCCGGAACCUGUGCUCAGAUGACACCCCCAUGGUGCGGCGGGCCGCAGCCUCCAAGCUGGGGGAGUUUGCCAAGGUGCUGGAGCUGGACAACGUCAAGAGCGAGAUCAUCCCCAUGUUCUCCAACCUAGCCUCUGACGAGCAGGACUCGGUGCGGCUGCUAGCGGUGGAGGCAUGUGUGAACAUUGCCCAGCUCCUGCCCCAGGAGGACCUGGAGGCCCUGGUGAUGCCCACCCUGCGCCAGGCUGCUGAGGACAAGUCCUGGCGCGUCCGUUACAUGGUGGCCGACAAGUUCACAGAGCUCCAGAAAGCGGUGGGGCCUGAGAUCACUAAGACGGACCUGGUCCCUGCCUUCCAGAACCUGAUGAAAGACUGUGAGGCUGAGGUGAGGGCCGCCGCCUCCCACAAGGUCAAAGAAUUCUGUGAAAAUCUCUCCGCUGACUGUCGGGAGAAUGUGAUCAUGACCCAGAUCUUGCCCUGCAUCAAGGAGCUGGUGUCCGACGCCAACCAGCACGUCAAGUCGGCGCUGGCCUCCGUCAUCAUGGGCCUCUCUCCGAUCCUGGGCAAAGACAACACCAUCGAGCACCUGCUGCCGCUCUUCCUGGCCCAGCUGAAGGAUGAGUGCCCGGAGGUGCGACUGAACAUCAUCUCCAACCUGGACUGCGUGAACGAGGUGAUCGGCAUCCGGCAGCUGUCGCAGUCCCUGCUCCCUGCCAUCGUGGAGCUGGCGGAGGAUGCCAAGUGGCGGGUGCGGCUAGCCAUCAUUGAGUACAUGCCUCUGCUGGCGGGACAGCUGGGGGUGGAGUUCUUUGAUGAGAAGCUCAACUCCUUGUGCAUGGCCUGGCUUGUGGAUCAUGUCUACGCCAUCCGCGAGGCGGCCACCAGCAACCUGAAGAAGCUGGUGGAGAAGUUCGGAAAGGAGUGGGCCCAUGCUACUAUCAUCCCCAAGGUCUUGGCCAUGUCUGGGGACCCCAACUACCUGCACCGCAUGACUACACUCUUCUGUAUCAAUGUGCUGUCCGAGGUCUGUGGGCAGGACAUCACCACCAAGCACAUGCUGCCCACUGUGCUGCGCAUGGCCGGGGACCCUGUCGCCAAUGUCCGCUUCAACGUGGCCAAGUCCCUGCAGAAGAUAGGGCCCAUCCUGGACAACAGCACGCUGCAGAGCGAGGUCAAGCCCAUCCUCGAGAAGCUGACCCAGGACCAGGAUGUGGACGUCAAGUACUUCGCCCAGGAGGCUCUGACUGGUGAGGCGUCAGGAAUCUGA